GAAAGACAGAAAACAAAAGACGGGCUCGUUGAGGUCCAGGUGGUGUCCAGUACCUGCAUGUUCCCACGGAAGACGACGGCUUGGCUCGCGUCAAUUUUGGUUGAACUCCAUCCCGACAACCCGUCUCCGCUUUUUUGUUCCCGUUUGCCGUUUGUUGCUCGCAGAUGCUCUAGUACAGCGGAGUGUUGGGAAUGGGGAGGGGGAGACUGAUGCGACCACGACGCGCCAUUAUUCCCCGACUUGUGAGGAACAAUCCCCGACGCCACUGCCUUAGCUGAGUCUGCCUUUCACACUCGUUUAUAUUCUGCUCCUGCCCUGUUGCUGCCCUUCCUUACCUCCUACCUUACCUCCUCCUCCUCCUCUUCCCCCCAUCACUCCCUCCUCGACACCUACACACACGCCCUACGCUACGGGCACACACCACUACAUUCCACUCACUACCUUACCCACCUCAGCUAUCCUUCUCCCAUACGCCUUCCCCGUCGAUAUCGUCCCUCGAGCAACAUUGGACCUCGCUGUGACUGCCUGCGAGCACACGCGUCCGUCCCUCCAUCGCACCGCAAUUUGCCAUGCCUUCCCACCAACCCACCGCCGGCAUGCUCGCCGUCGACCCCGAAAAGAUUUCAGAGGAGCGCAAGUCGCCAGUCAUGGCCAGCAAGAAUGAGCCCAACCGAAACCCGAAAUACGACCCGAAAAAGCCUCACAUCACCGAGACUCCCAUGACGAGGAAGAAUUGGUACAAGCACGUCAACUGGCUGAAUGUCACCUUGAUUGUCGGUGUGCCCAUUGCGGGUCUCAUCUACUCCUUCUGGACACCAUUGAAAUGGCAGACUGCCCUGUUUGCCGUCAUCUACUACUUCUGCACCGGUCUCGGCAUUACUGCCGGUUACCAUAGACUCUGGGCACACACAUCAUACUCUGCCUCAUUCCCACUCAAGGUCUUUUUGGCAUUUGUGGGAGGUGGCGCUGUGGAGGGCUCCAUCAGAUGGUGGUCUCGCGACCACCGUGCCCACCACCGCUACACCGAUACCGACAAGGACCCCUACAGCGUCCGCAAGGGUCUUCUCUACUCGCAUUUCGGCUGGAUGCUGAUGAAGCAGAACCCGAAGCGCAUUGGACGUACCGACAUCUCCGAUCUCAACGACGACGCCGUUGUCGUCUGGCAACACAAGCACUACCUCAAGGUCGUCAUCUUUGCAGGUCUCAUCUUCCCGUCUUUGGUUGCUGGUCUCGGCUGGGGUGACUUCAUUGGUGGAUUCGUCUAUGCCGGUAUUCUGCGCAUCUUCUUCGUUCAGCAAGCUACCUUUUGUGUCAACUCGCUUGCUCACUGGCUCGGCGAUCAACCAUUUGACGACCGCAACUCUCCUCGUGACCACGUCAUCACCGCCCUGGUCACCCUCGGCGAGGGCUACCACAACUUCCACCACGAGUUUCCAUCCGACUACCGCAAUGCCAUUGAGUGGCACCAGUACGACCCCACCAAGUGGUUCAUCUGGACCAUGAAGCAGCUCGGCCUCGCCUACGACCUCAAGCAGUUCCGCUCCAAUGAAAUCGAAAAAGGCCGCAUCCAGCAGCAACAGAAGAAGCUCGACCAGAAGCGUGCGAAGCUCGACUGGGGCGUACCUCUGGAGCAGCUCCCGGUUCUCGAGUGGGACGACUACGUGGACCAGACCAAGAAUGGUCGCGCUCUCAUCGCUGUGGCAGGUGUUGUGCACGAUGUGACGGACUUUAUCAACGACCACCCCGGUGGUAAAGCCAUGAUUCGCAGCGGUCUCGGCAAGGAUGCCACUGCCAUGUUCAACGGUGGUGUGUACAUGCACAGCAACGCCGCACACAACCUGCUCUCCACCAUGAGAGUCGGUGUCAUUCGUGGUGGCAUGGAGGUUGAGAUCUGGAAGAGGGCGGAGAAGGAAAGCCAAGGAUCACAGAUUUACAAGGAUUCGGAUGGGAACCGCAUCGUGCGUGCUGGCGCGCAGUUGACCAAGGUGAUUCAGCCUCCUGUCUCUGCGGGUGCAGCAUAAGCAGCUCGUGGGAGAGUCUUUUUUUCAUCAUAUGACGAGGAUCAUGAGCGUCCAGUUUCUUAGUGUUGCGUUUUAGCGGGCCGGCGGACUGGGAGAUGUGUGGAAUGCGGCUCAAUGAAUGAAGCUAGCUAGUUUACUCUGAAGUGAGCAUUAUCAGAACGAGUGCACCACCACCUAUAUUGGCUUGUCUUGUUUCCUCGUCUCUUAUUAGUGUUCGGCAAAGGACAGGCCAAAAACAUUCAUCAGCUUAUUCAGUAGGUGCGCACUCCACUGGAGGAGCGAGCCAGCUGUACCUCCUAGGUUUAUUAUGGAGGUUCCUCUUUUGUUUGCUUUUAAAAUCACACUCGGAG